GCAUAAAGUUGGCUGCAGACAACCUGCAUGGGGCACACUGAUUCAGAAGGUGUUUUUUAAGGCAAUGCUUGUUCUUGGGCUGCAGAGAUGAAGAAGUAUUUUGCAUGCAUAAGAUAGUAGGUUUACUGCCGCUAACAGGAUGAUGAUGAAGAUGACGACAGGAGGAGGCCACGGCCGAAGGUGCAGCCCUCGCUAGACUCCUAAAUCCCCCCCCCCAGUGUCACCCCCCCUCCACCAUCAUCCAUUCCACUCUCCCUCCCCUUCCUCCUCCUCAUCCUCUGGGCACCAUGGCCAACCACCUGGAGCUGAUCCAGGAGCUGCAGCAGCUGGACAAGGUGCCCAGUCUAGAGAGGCUGCGGGCGGCCCAGAAGAGGCGAACGCAGCAGCUGAAGAGAUGGGCCGUGUACGAGAAAGAGAUGCAGAACAAGAAGCGGAAGGCUGACAAGAAGGGACGCAACGCCAACAACCUGCAGCAGGAGGUCAAGAGGAGAGUGUCGUUCGCUGCCAGCGUGGCGUUGCUGGAGGCGUCGGCCAGGAAUGAUCCAGAUGAAGUACGUUACCUGCUGAAGAAUAAUGUUAGUCCAGACCUCUGCAAUGAAGACGGUCUCACAGCCCUCCAUCAGUGUUGUAUAGAUAACUACGAGGAGAUGGUGAAGAUCCUGCUGGACCGAGGAGCCAGCGUCAACGCUCAGGAUAAUGAGCUGUGGACACCGCUGCACGCCGCUGCUACCUGUGGCCAUGCGGGACUCGUCAAGAUCCUCAUUGCACACGGUGCAGAUUUACUGGCAGUCAACUCUGACGGGAACAUGCCCUAUGACUUGUGUGAAGACGAUCCGACACUGGACAUCAUUGAGACGGCCAUGGCAAACAGAGGCAUCACCCAGGAGAUGAUCAACGAGACACGGGCGUCGACAGAGCGGAGGAUGCUGGGAGAUAUUCAGGAACUGCUGAGACAGGGAGAGGAGGUCAACCAGCAGGAUUCUCAGGGAGCCACGCUGCUCCACAUCGCAGCAGCAAAUGGCUACGUGCAGGCUGCAGAGCUGCUGCUGGAGGGGGGGGCUCGCAUGGACCUGAGGGAUUCAGACGGAUGGCAGCCUCUGCAUGCUGCAGCCUGCUGGGGUCAGAUGCAUGUGGCUGAGCUGCUGGUAUCUCAUGGAGCCAGUCUCAACGCAAAGACCUUCCUAGAGGAGACCCCCAUUGAUUUGUGUGAGGAUGAGGAGUUCAGAGCCAUUUUGCUUGACCUGAAACACAAACACGACAUCAUCAUGAAGUCACAGCUCAAACACAAAACCUCUCUGUGCCGGCGGACGUCCAGUGCGGGGAGCCGCGGGAAAGUGGUGCGGCGAGCUAGUCUGUCUGACAGACACAACCUGUGCCGUAAAGAGUACGAGACAGAGGCCAUCGUGUGGAGAGGAGGAAGAGAGGAGGAGGACGAGAAAGAAAAGGAGUCCGAUCAGGAGAACAACCAGGUGGUUAAUCAGGUCAAGUCACCUGUAGCUGUGGAGCUCCCCGACAAGCCCAAACUACCCACCAUCCUCAAAGAUGGCAAUGGCAAACAGAAUGGCCUCAUUUCCACGACGGCGUCCAUGCCACCGCAGCAGCCGUCCAAUGGCAACACGCCAUUAUCCGAUAAGUCCAGCGUCGUCUCCACUCAACCCGCCCAGGAGGAAGCCUGGCCAAAGGAGCGUGCUCAGACUCUGUCGGAGCUCAAGAAGCAGAGGGCCGCUGCCAAACUGUUGAAUCACCCUUUGUUCAAUGGCCACCUAGGCAACGGCUCCACGGACUCUUUCUCUGAUGCCAAAAUCAACUCAGAUGACCCCCGUAUGCCCUUGGUUUCCUCCAAUGGCAGCGCGGUUUACUACACGCCGGCCAGCGGCGACCCACCCCUGCUCAAACUGAAACAGCCCAUGGAGGAGGAGCCGCCCAAGACGAGAACCUGCUGCUGCGUGUCGUAGCGACCCAGUCAUGUGACUGUUGAAGGAACAGGAAGUGUUUGCACAGAGAGGAAGGAAGCUGCAGCAAGGGGGAAGGAAGGAGAGGAGUGUUCCUAUCUUUAAACAUCCUUUUCGUUUCCUCCUUCAAAUGUCUCCUGUCACUAGAAGCCUACGAUCGUAUUGUCCCACCUCCCUGUUAUCUGACUUCCACCCUAAACGCAGGCUUGUUUUAAGUGUAGCAGAGAGGAGGAAAGAAAAGGAGCGGUGCCACUUUUCCUUUCAGACAUUCCUUGGAUUAUAAUUUCCUUUUUUAUAAGGAGUCCCUGUAAGAAAUGCCAAAUGGAUAGAAUAAAUGCAAGAAGCUACUCUGCUGUCUGAGUGCACCUUUAAGAAUCAAGGUGUGGACAGUUUUUUUAAAACUUUUUACCCAUAAAGAGCAAAAAUCAUGGGUAAGGAAAGCAGAAGUCUUAAGGUACAAGAAGCAUGUUCAUCCAUCUGAAACAGGAGGAUUAUUACCCCAAAAAUGGACAAGAUUAUCCACAGGAUAAACUUCUGUUGUCAAACCACACUGAUCUGCUUUUUAGCCAUAUUAUCAUUAUUUUAAAUCCCAGAAGGGUCCAGAUAUUUUUUUAUCCGUUAUCUCAGCAGCAGUGAAACAUAGCGGCAGGAGAUCAGCGACAUCUCUUUAAAAUGCUGCCUGCAUAAGCAAAGGGAAGGAACGCCAUAAACAGUGUUAAAAUAUUCAAGAAGAGUAUUUGUACAGCGGGAGAAAGCAGCAAAGAUUAAAGUAGUUUGUAGUAUGAUAUUUCACCUCACCGUCCUCUGGUAUCAAAGCUGAACUGACAGGUCAUGUUAUGCAUCACCCACUUUUUAAGACAAUUUAAGCAAACAUUGUUAAAAAUGAUCAUUUCUUUAUUUAUGAAAUUAUCGUAUUGUGUAAAAAAACAUAUAAUGGUUCCUGAAGUUGAGUGUAUUUAUUAUUUGGAUGGUGUGUGGAGAGUGUGAAUGCAUUAUAAGAAGAGCUGGGGAGAUUUCCAGCGAAGCACCUUCUGACAGCGAGAAGCAACCACAUGAAGUAAAGCAAAGGUAACUGUCUGCAUAAUGUACAUGUUAUUAAAUCACACAAACCAGCCAUCCUGAUGGGAUGGAUUCAGAUCUGUGUCACUACAAAUAACAGUGUUAUUUGUUUAUGUAUGUUUUUUGUUUUUUUGUUUUUUUUUUUGUUGGCCAUUGUGUGGCUCUCUCUUCUUCCUGUCACUGUAUUUUGUUUCUUUAACAGAAAUUGUAAAUGCUAUGUAAUGAACUGUAAGUAUAGUAUGAGACUCUAUGCUUGCCUCAGUUUUUUUAAACAUUAAUCCAAACGUGGUUUUUGUAUGUACAAUUGAGUCAGGUGUCCCUGAAUGCAUCUUGAGUUCAACAGGAAAUACCUUUUAGACGUCCCAUAACCAAAACAAAGACCAAGAAUACGUUUAUCUGCUCAACUGACCCUUAAUGACCCUUACUGUUGCCAAGUUAGACAAACUUUUGCUGGUUCCUUCAUAUUGGAAAUAAUUGAAAUUACUUCCCAAUUUGACUUAUUUAUAUUUCAUGGAUUUAAUUCAAAUCAUUUAUAAUAUUACCGAUGUCUGAGGCUAAAUAUGUCAGCUAACAUGAGCUGGAUUACCACAGGCAUUUUAACCAAGUGUAUAUUUAUCAACAAGAGAUAAACAAGAUGUGAUAUUCAUUCUGAUCUGCCUUACUAGACCUGUGUACUAGGUCGCUAAUGUUACAGAAUAGAAAUAUUAGUAUUUCAUUAUGCUAAUGUUACUAGAAAAAUGAUUGUUAACCGCUUAACAUUAGCAGAAUAUCACAUACUAGUAUUAAAAAUAUCUCCUCUUACCUUCAAGCAUAUCAGAGUAUUCCUAGUGAUUGUCAGUGGGUUGAAUUUGGCAGUGUGGUCAAAACUAAGGACACAAUUUCACCCUGAUGCUCUGAGAAGACUUGGUCUGGGCCAGCAUUUGCCUAGCCGGGUUGGUAGGUAAGCAGACCAAUCAGAGAGCUAACAAAGGGUCAAUAAGAGGAAUUUUGGAGAUUUGGGGAAAUAUGCUUAUUUCCUUCAUUGCUGAGUGUUAUUGUAGAUUAUUGACACCACUCUCUAAUUUGUAUGCUUAAUAUUUGACUAAAGCCAGCAGCUACUUAGCCUAGCAUCGCCUCAAGAGUGUAACAUGUCGUGUUUAAUUGGUUGACUAAAACUAUGGCUUAUAUGUUAGUUAAAUCAUCAAGUUGAGCUAUUAAGUUAGUCUUGUCUACCUGAGAAAUUCUUAGUACAAUAGACUUUUGUUGCUUAGUGAUCCUGAUGCUUGAAUGCCAGAUGGGGGUCAGGAAAUGGAGGAAUGAAUGGGAAUCGACCCAAACACUGCAAUAAUCAACAGAAGAUUUCUACAUACGUACAUGGGGUACAAUCCUUACACUUUAGAGAAAAGUGAUUUUUCCCACAAUUUAACAAAUGUGGCUGGGCUGGAGAUAAUCAGUAUCACAAAUUACUCAAACCUGCAGACCUUAUAGUGUGAAGUGUGGACUAGCCAGGGAGACAAGAGAGUCUUUAAGAGGCUUCUACUGAGCUCAGAGGCUAAGCUGAGCCCCUUCAACAUAGAAAGUUUUCUCUACUCCUUUUUUGUCAUCUAAUCCACAUAUAAAAAGCCGAACGGUUAAAAAAUGAUGAGUGGUUUGCAACCAGCUCUACUGAGCUGAACCAAAUGAUCAAAAGAGACAGAUUUCUCUCCACAAUGAGCGAGACGAGCGGGUGGACAUCAGCUGUGAAAACACAGUUUGACAAAUUUACUGCCUAAACUGUGACAAAACUGCACUGAACAAAACUAGACUGCUAUGUGACACCGCUCAUUUAGAAAGCGGCUUGUUUAAUUGGUGCAUGCUGCUGAGUUUUUCUUAGGUUUUUUAAAUUUUUUUUUUUAAUUUUGGCUGAAUAUUUUACUACUUACAGCAUGAAAAUAGCUUAAAACCCAAAAGCAGGUAAAAACAUUGCUAUCUUUGCGUUUUGAACGCUUGGCAUAGUCGUAUACAGUACAUUACCUUUUUUAGAUUUUUCUUUUGGGGGCCUUUUAUGCCUUUAAUGACAGUGGAGGACAGUGGAUAGAAUCGAAAACAGGGAUGACAGAGUUGUGGAGUGACAUGCUGGACAGUGCCACAGGCCGGGGCGCACCUUAAACCACUCAGCCACCUGCGCCCCAAAACAUGAUCUUGUAGGCAGCGUUCUCUAUGUAGAAAUCACUACUUGCACCUCAUCUUGAGUUUCUGCAUGACUUUAUCUGCAAAGAACCUAUAACAGAUGGACUAACAUGUUCAUUUGUGUUUCAUAAGUCCAGUUUUAUUCUGACUUUAAAGGAUAGAAGGACUUUUUCUCAAUUUUUGUGGAGCUUAUUGACUGUAAUGUAAGUUUUUGCUGACUAGAUGACGGUCUCUGAACAGCUUUUAAAUCAUGCUGGAUUGCUAACUGUAAAAUGCUACUUCAUUAAACUGGACAGCUUGGUGUUUUAGGCUCUUGACCUCUGUAUGAAGCACACUAAAUCUGUUUCUGGCAUUCAACGGGGUAAGGAGGUUAGGGUUAUAACACAGCCAAAGUCUGCCGAUCAUCACUGGAGUGUUCAGUUGUGGGUGCUUUGAUACACUGACUUCCUGGAUUCUGCACUAGUUGUCUGGCAACCCAUCUGGCACAUAACCUGCUGUAAGAUGUUAGUACACAUCAAAACAGUGGUAACUAGACAUAACAUGGUAUUAGACCUUUUUUCUGACAUACAUGAUGGAAAAAACAGUGGAUUACUAGUAUUAACAACAGAUCUAUCCCAUAUCCAAACACCAGCUGUCUUAAUGAAAAAAACAACCAUAAGUCAUGUUAAUAAUUAGGCUACUCCACUGGUUUUCUCUGCUAUUACCUGCAACAUGAGGCCUACCAGCCUUCAUUUUUACUUACAUAUGAGUGGUAUCAGUCUCCUCAUCUAACCCUCAGCAAGAAAGGAAAUACUUUUUACCCUAAAAUAUUCCUGUAUCCUUUUUGCUCUUAAAUCUCCUUGUGAGUGCCAAAGAGUCUUCCAUGAUUUCUGAAAGAACUUUUAGUGACAUUCAAAGCCUUAUAGGAAAGGCUUUCUUUCCCAAUCUGUCUAAUUUCUUUUAAUGUUAUUACCACAAUGCAACUCCCACUUUAUCCCUAGCUGUACAGUGUCAGAUAUUUGUACAGGUGCGUUUGUAAAUAUUUUUGUAUCAGUAUUCCUUUAUCUGUUCCCAUGCUGCAUUCACAUGUUUGUGUGUGUUGUUUGUGGAGGAAGUUAGAGGAAAAUCACCCACAACAUGAACAGUGUUCACAGGUUUUUAUAGGGGGAAUUAACCCUUUAAGUAUUCCAGCAGUCUGAAAUCUUUAAAGUCGAAGCAUCCAGGUGUCAUGAACAAAAAAAAACCCUUCUCCUUCUGUUGCCAUGACUAGUAUGAGUGGUUCAUUUUUUCUGUGCCGUCACUUUUGAGGAACUACAAAUUAAGUCACAGUCAAGAUUUCUACUUCUCUUUUUCGGCUUCCUUCUCUAUUCUAAAACUUCUAAAGAAAUGAGUGAUAUCAUUUUGUUUUUACAGCUAAAAUUCAGCUGAAGUGACAAAAGUUCAUGUCUAUCCUGACUCAACUUAAAUCCCGACUUUGCCUUCUUGUUAUUUUAAUCACAUUGGGUUGUAAUUCUUAACUCUUUCCUGGUCAGUAUUAGCCGUAAAGGGAUGGUCACCUGUUGAAAAGUAUCUGUGUUCUCAUGUUAUUUACUGAUCAUUGCUUUUGUUUGUCUGCAGGCCUUGUUGUCUAUAAGGAUAAGGAUAAAAAGACAAAAAACUACUGAUUUUGUAAUUACUGGAAUAUAUUGAUGGUUGCAUUAACAUAUUUUGAAUAAAUUGUAUAUUUUGAGAAUUUUAAA